UUCAUAGUUGUGACGCUUAUAAAUGCGGCUGGUGUUAACGACCAGUUAAUACUGGCUUACAAACAUACACUAUAAGGACUAUACCGGAGAUCCUUUUUUCAUUUUGGUUAUCGAAAGAUAUAACAGUUGCACAGGGGUGUCCGGAGGUCAACAGCUCUGGACGCUGCCAAUAUGAACACGCUGUGCACUUGGAUAACUACAAUCGGAUUAAUCUGGUCUUGGAGUGGAGUUAUAGCCGCUAUUGAUUCAACCCUUUCGCUAAAUACAUCUUCCGAAGCCGACGUACGUUUUAAGAGCAGCCCUUUGAUUCGCCGAAAACGCACCUUCAAUGCUGAUACCCGAGUUGACCUGUGGACAAUCCGGCAGAUACCAUUUUAUUUUGACUCUUAUUACACUCAGCAAGAAAAAGACCUCAUAAGGACAGCUGCCAGUCUCGUAUCCCGGCAGAUUAAUAACAUCAUCACUUUCUUUGAAGUCCUACCUGGUGAUUACCGCUAUAAAAUAAAAAUUUCACCAUAUGACAGUACCGGAAAACUGCAAGUUCAGUGCUCAACGUAUCCCGGAUCCGCACAAAGGUCACUCCAGUAUUACAACGAACAGACAAUUACAAUAACAAGAGGAGCUAAUGGCUGUUUGGAGAAUAAUCAGCUGCGGCCGAUUAUGAAAUACUUUAUGGUUACACUCGGCCGAAGAAACGAGUACCAGCGCGGAGAUCGCGAUCAGUACAUCACGAUUCAAUACAACAAUGUUGCUUACCCGAACAGUUUUAAGCUUUACACUGCGGCGGAUGCUGUUUGGUCACGAUUUACCUACGAUUUCUGCAGCAUCACCAACGAUCGUCCCACCAAAUACGCAAAUUCUGGAAGCGUUGCCUACACAGUCAACAAUGGACAGCAGUAUAACACCGAUGCCGCACAGCUGAGCAACAUAGACUGUCAGCUUAUAAAUAUUUACUAUGGAGGAACUCCAUCAGCAUGCCCUUCUUAUGACUGCAGAGCUUCCGCUACAGUUACUACCGCCUCGACAACUACAACUACGACACCAACAACCACAACAACUACAACACCAACAACCACAACAACUACGACACCAACAACCACAACACCAACAACCACAACAACUACGACACCAACAACUACUACACUAACUACAACGCCAACCACAAGUACAACAACAACUACCACCACUAGUACUACGACGACAACCACAACACCAACAACUACUACUACCACAUCAACUACAACGCCAACAACGACAACCACUACAACGACAACGACCACGACGACAGCACCGCCCUGUCCCGGCUUUUGUGCCACUGCGCCAACGGAAUCCGCUUUCCUCUUUGGACCAUUAAACGUGGUCCAGACCUAUCUUCUGUUUUCGGGAAACUGUGUGGCAGAAUAUACAAUGAAAUGGGAUGAGGGCAAACUGUCUUUGCAAACUAGUCCACAGCUGAUCACCUCAUACUUUCCGGCUGUCGGUGGUCCGACAAUGCAGCCUCCAGUUACUCUGGCGUAUAUGACAAUGGCAUCUGACAAAUUUACUUCUCACUACAUUAAUCAGGACGCUUCGAAGUCUUUGGAGUGUACCGCGAACGAUGUGACUCUUGUACCCGUCUGCCCAUCUCCAGCUGGAUCAAACGGUGUAUUCCCAGCGUCAACAAUAACUAGUGCUUCGGAAGAGCUAAACCAAGGCGACGUUAAAAUUUACCAAUAUGUUGUAGACAAUAAUCAGCGAGAAGUUAAGUUAAUGGACGAAACCUUUACCACAACAUACCAGACUACCAGCGGACUUCUCAGCGGGCAGACACAAAUCGCCCGCAUUACAGCCAUCCAAGUAAUGGACGAUAUGGUGGACUUCCACGGGAGUGCACUGGCCGUUUUCGGUGUGGGCAGCGACAACACAACACCGUAUGUUGGGUUUGUCAAGAUUCCGCUCCUGGCGGUGCCCUUUGCUCCACUGGAGCCUAUCGAGUGGUCUAAUGCACCAGUACUUUUAAAGAAUGCUGUCACCGGCGUGGCUUGCCCUUGAUGAAUCUGCCGUGUAUCGUGCACUGAAGUACAUUUUAGUCUUGUUUAGGCGCCAACAGGAAACCGGACCACCGGCACUAAUUUAGAGAAUCAUACUCAUGUUUUUUUAUAAUUAAUAUUGUGAUGCUGUUGACUGCACUAAUCCCUUUUUUUGCCUGUUUAGUUAAAGUAUUUUGCGAUAGGAAAUAGCAAAUGCUCGUAUUUUUGGAAACAACAGUUACUUCUGCCCGUGCGAACA